GCUUGCCCCAGCCUUUCCGAACUUUAACACUGCUCUCUCUGCUGAUCAAACAAGCGGGGCCUACACUUUGCUUAACCCCGGGAUCUGGUCAUCGGCCUUUGACCAGGGGCUCCCUCCCCCAGCCCGGUCUCUGGAACCCACGUUCAGUUUGCUUCUGACCACACUAUUCUCCACUCGCCUGGCCCGUGGGACCCCAGAACCAUGACUUCGGCCAGACUUGGGGGCCGAACCACACCUGUGGCGACCAGGUGGCCCUAUCUUCUUUCCUGGCUGCUUGUGGGCUCCUGGGGCUGUGCUUACGGACACUGGAGUCCGGUGGAGGACAUCUGCACAGCCAAGCCACGUGACAUUCCUGUGAACCCCAUGUGCAUCUAUCGUGCCCCAGAGAAAAAGGCGGUGGAGGACGUGAUCCCUGAGCGGCGAGUCCCCGAGGCUACCAACCGUCGUGUCUGGGAGCUGUCCAAAGCCAAUUCCCGCUUUGCCACCACUUUCUACCAGCACCUGGCAGACUCCAAAAAUGACAAUGACAACAUCUUCCUGUCACCCCUAAGUAUCUCCACGGCCUUCGCCAUGACUAAGCUGGGAGCCUGCGACAAUACGCUCAAGCAGCUGAUGGAGGUUUUCAAGUUUGACACCAUCUCAGAAAAGACAUCAGACCAGAUCCACUUUUUCUUUGCCAAACUCAAUUGUCGCCUCUACCGGAAGGCUAAUAAGUCUUCUGAGCUAGUGGCGGCUAAUCGCCUCUUUGGGGACAAGUCCCUGGUCUUCAACGAGACCUACCAGGACAUCAGUGAAGUCGUGUAUGGAGCCAAGUUGCAGCCUCUGGACUUCAAGGAAAAUGCUGAGCAGGCCCGGCAGGUCAUCAACAGCUGGAUCUCCAACAAGACAGAAGGUCGUAUCACGAAUGUUAUCCCCCCUGACGCAAUCAAUGAGCUUACGGUCCUGGUGCUAGUCAACACCAUUUACUUUAAGGGCCUGUGGAAGUCCAAGUUUAGCCCCGAGAACACGCGGCAGGAGCAGUUCUACAGGGCUGACCACCAGACUUGCCUCGCCUCCAUGAUGUACCAGGAAGGCAAGUUUCGCUACCGGCGCGUGGCCGAGGGCACCCAGGUGCUGGAGUUACCAUUCAAGGGUGACGACAUCACCAUGGUGCUCGUCCUGCCCAAGCCGGAGAAGGGCCUGGACAAGGUGGAGCGUGAGCUGAGCCCGGAGCUGCUGCAGGAGUGGCUGGACGAGAUGGCUGAGAGCCUGCUGGCCGUGCAUGUGCCCCGUUUCCGCAUCGAGGACAGCUUUAGCCUCAAGGAGCAUCUGCAGGACAUGGGGCUGGUGGACCUCUUCAGCCCUGAGAGCUCCAGGCUGCCCGGUAUUGUUGCAGGGGGCCGCAGUGACCUCUAUGUGACUGACGCAUACCACAAGGCAUUUCUUGAGGUAAACGAGGAAGGCAGCGAAGCUGCAGCGAGCACUGUGAUCAGCAUUGCUGGCCGCUCCCUGAACCCCACCAGGGUGACCUUCAAGGCCAACAGGCCCUUCCUGGUUUUUAUCAGGGAGGUUGCCCUGAACACCAUCGUCUUCAUGGGCAGGGUCGCCAACCCUUGUGUCAGCUGAUGUGAUGUUCCCUUCUCUGAUAUGGGUGUGUGAGUGGACUUGACAAUAAACAACUGUGUCUGA